GGCGGCGUGGCGAAGGACGCCGAGACGCUGCGGCCGCGCGGAGGGGACGAGCUGCGCACUUGGAAAGUUACCCGGCGGCCUGGUUCCUGAGCAACAUGGGAAAUGGUUCAGUGAAACCCAAGCAUUCGAAGCACCCAGACGGCCAGUCAGGGAACCUCAGCAAUGAAGCCCUGCGGAGCAAAGUGGCAGAGCUGGAGCGCGAGCUGAGGAGGAAGGAUGCAGAACUUCAGGAGCGCGAGUACCACCUGAAGGAGCUUCGGGAGCAGCUGGCUAAGCAGACCGUGGCCAUUGCGGAGCUCACCGAGGAGCUGCAGAGCAAGUGCAUCCAGCUGAACAAGCUGCAGGAUGUUAUCCACGUGCAGGGAGGAAGCCCACUGCAGGCCUCUCCCGACAAAGUGCCUCUGGAUGUUCACCGCAAGACCUCAGGCUUGGUCUCCCUCCACAGCAGGAGAGGGGCGAAGGCUGGAGUGUCUGCAGAGCCCACAAGCCGGACCUAUGACCUCAACAAACCCCCUGAGUUCUCCUUUGAGAAAGCGAGGGUCAGGAAGGAUUCCAGCGAGAAAAAGCUCAUCACAGACGCCCUGAAUAAGAACCAGUUUCUGAAGAGACUGGAUCCGCAGCAGAUCAAAGACAUGGUGGAAUGCAUGUACGGGAGGAACUAUCAACAGGGCAGUUACAUCAUUAAGCAAGGGGAACCUGGAAACCACAUCUUUGUGCUGGCCGAGGGUAGACUGGAGGUGUUCCAAGGAGAGAAAUUGCUGUCGUCCAUCCCAAUGUGGACCACGUUCGGGGAGCUGGCUAUUUUGUAUAAUUGUACGCGGACUGCCUCUGUGAAAGCUAUUACCAAUGUUAAAACUUGGGCUCUCGAUAGAGAGGUUUUCCAGAACAUUAUGAGGAGAACGGCGCAAGCCAGGGAUGAGGAAUACAGAAACUUCCUCAGAAGUGUCUCCUUGUUGAAGAAUUUACCUGAAGACAAACUAACCAAGAUUAUUGACUGCUUGGAAGUGGAAUACUAUGACAAAGGAGAUUACAUCAUCAGAGAAGGAGAGGAAGGGAGCACCUUUUUCAUCUUGGCAAAAGGAAAGGUGAAAGUCACACAGAGCACAGAGGGCCACGAUCAGCCACAGUUGAUCAAAACACUGCAGAAAGGAGAGUACUUUGGAGAAAAGGCUCUGAUCAGCGAUGACGUCAGAUCGGCCAAUAUAAUCGCGGAAGAAAAUGAUGUCGCAUGCCUCGUGAUCGACCGAGAAACAUUCAACCAAACUGUCGGGACAUUUGAUGAACUCCAAAAAUACCUUGAGGGGUAUGUGGCCACCCUGAACCGUGACGAUGAAAAGAGACACGCAAAGCGCUCCAUGUCUAGCUGGAAGUUGUCCAAAGCCCUUUCUCUGGAGAUGAUUCAGCUGAAAGAGAAGGUGGCCAGAUUCUCCUCAACCUCCCCAUUCCAGAACCUUGAGAUUAUCGCAACACUGGGCGUUGGUGGGUUCGGAAGAGUGGAGCUUGUUAAAGUUAAAAAUGAGAACAUCGCUUUUGCCAUGAAGUGUAUAAGGAAGAAGCACAUUGUUGACACAAAGCAGCAGGAGCACGUCUACUCCGAGAAGAGGAUCCUGGAGGAGCUGUGCUCUCCCUUCAUCGUGAAAUUAUAUCGUACUUUCAAGGACAAUAAAUACGUAUACAUGCUUCUGGAGGCCUGCUUAGGCGGGGAGCUCUGGAGUAUAUUAAGGGACAGAGGCAGCUUCGAUGAACCCACCUCCAAAUUCUGUGUGGCCUGCGUGACAGAAGCAUUCGAUUAUCUACACCGACUAGGCAUUAUCUACAGAGACCUGAAGCCAGAGAACUUAAUUCUGGAUGCCGAUGGCUACCUUAAGUUGGUUGACUUUGGAUUCGCUAAGAAGAUUGGCUCUGGGCAGAAAACGUGGACAUUCUGUGGGACUCCAGAGUAUGUGGCCCCCGAGGUCAUUCUUAACAAAGGACAUGACUUCAGUGUGGAUUUCUGGUCCCUGGGGAUUCUGGUCUAUGAGCUUCUAACGGGCAACCCUCCCUUUUCUGGGAUAGACCAAAUGAUGACCUACAAUUUGAUUCUCAAAGGGAUCGAGAAAAUGGAUUUUCCCAGGAAGAUAACAAGGCGACCCGAGGAUUUGAUCCGGCGGCUUUGCAGGCAAAACCCAACAGAAAGGCUGGGGAACCUGAAGAAUGGGAUCAACGACAUUAAGAAACACAGGUGGUUAAACGGCUUCAAUUGGGAGGGGUUGAAAGCACGCCUUCCCUCACCUUUACGAAGAGAGCUCAGUGGCCCCAUAGAUCACAGCUACUUUGACAAGUAUCCUCCUGAAAAGGGGGUGCCUCCGGAUGAAAUGUCAGGCUGGGAUAAGGACUUCUGACAGGAGAGAAAACGACGACGCUGUGGAAGAGGACCGUGACCGUGAGGAUCGGUGACACGAUGCUGAUUAUCCCUCUCUUCAAAGCAUUGUUAGAUCUCCCAGAAGACAAUGGCAGAAAAGAAAACCCUGAUAGACAGGGAAGGAGAGUGGCCGGAUGUGGUUCUGAAUGAGAAUGUGUCCUUUAGAUGCUGUGAAUUAUUCCUGUAUUCCAUUCUGUACUUGUCUAAAGAUGUCAAAGGUUGUUCCUUUCCAUUUCCAUGGUCCAAUCCAUUUUCGCUGGCAUAGCACAGUUUUCUCUCAAAUCAGUUGCUCCCUCCAAAUCAAACUCUCCUGCCUAGAAUCCUAAUAAUAUUAAUAUGGCUUUUGUUCUCGAGCACCUAAGUUAUCCAGAUAGAAGGAAGACUACAGAACAAUGUUAGAAGAAUCUCUCCAGGGCUCAGCAGACACCAGGGACUUCCUCCUCCGAAUGUGGUUUCCAGACAUCUUGGGAAGUCAAUAGAAGACCAUGAAUUUUAUUUCCUUUCAACUUACAGAUACACUAAUAUAUUUUUCGAUGUUAUUGAAGCAAAAGGAAACAUUUGGAUAUUAAUGAGUAGUGCCAGUUACUAAAGAAGACCAGUCAAUCAAAUCAGAUAAUCAUAUCAUUUUUAAUAAAAAAAUAGAAAAAAUAAAGCAAAAACCAUUCCUUUUCCUUUGACCAGUUGUGAUACUGCAGAACUUACCAAAAACUUUGUUCAAAAUAGUUUGGAAAGUGUGGCUAAAUGAUGGGCCUUUGGGAAGGUUUAACUUAGGUUAAAAGAAAAAAAAUAUUUCCACUACCAAAGUAGAAAACUCAGUGGAGUAAAAUCCUAGGGACAUUUCCUUCCCACCAAAGACAAAGCAUAACGAACCCUGACAGCUAAAGUUGCUGACUCUUGCAAUCUCUGAGAUACUUCGUUCAAUCCUGUUAUUACUGCUAUUAGUAAGCCCAGAGUAUAGAAAGACCACGUGGGGUUUUUAACGAGAAGCCCAUUGGUGAAUGUUGAGACUCGCAAUCACUGUAGAGGUAAUGGUUUUGCCUGAAGGAGGCAAUCGAGUCUUGUAUAUAGAGAGAACCCAGGAUACUGAGGGUGUGAUGGGAUUUUAGAAGGAAAAUGAAUGCCCAGAAGCUGGCUUUGUCCAGUUGCCUCUUGGCGAUCUUCCAACCUGGAAGUGAGGGAAGAGCUUCCAGAGCACUGGACUCCUGUCCCUGAGAGCUUUCCUGAUGUUUAUAGAUGUCCCACUUCUUCCUUUCCUUCCAAACUGAUGGCAGAUGUCCCUGUAUGUUCCUAGUCUGGAAGAGGAGAGACGGUAUCCUGAUUCAUGUAUCAUUCAUGCUUCUGAUUGUAUUUUCAUAUGAUAUAUUCUAUGUGAAAAAAAAAAAAAAACGUCCAUUCCACAGACACAUCUCCAUUCUUUAGAGAAAGUCAGCUGUCUGUCUCGUGAAGACUGAAGCCAGAGAAGCAAAGCCCAGAAUAAGAAAGUGCAUCCUUAAGAAAUUAUAUUUACACAUUUAGAGUCCUUUGCUGAACCAAAGAGUUUCGUUUCUCGGGAUAGAUUUUUAAAGAUUAUGUAUUGUAUAUAGAAAAGCCAUUUUUAAUAGGGUUAAUAUAACAUGCUUAAAGAAUUUCUAAAGUCUAAAAAUAUCUUAUUUGCGUUUGGUUUCUAUGUACUAUAUGUUUUUCCAUGUAUAUAUUUUAUAAUUACCAACAUAUGCAGGUAGAAAACUGAUCUAUUCGAUGGCCAUUAAGACUGUACAGUUAUAGUAACAAUGGUUUUCUCAAGAGUGUCUCAUUAUUGUAAUUGAAAAGACAAAUCCGACAUGUAGAGAGUUAAAACACACCUCAGAGGUUAAUUUUUUUUUCUGUGAGUGGCCAUACCAUAUAUAAUUCCCACACAUCAUUUAAUGUGUUUCCUUUAUAAAGAGGAGGAUAUAUGAGAAUGAAUUAUCAUUUAAUCUCAACUUGAUUUCUAGCUCAGUGACCUGGGGAAAAUGAUUUGUCUUUGGGUUCUAGCUUCCUACUUGUAGAACAAAGACUAGGUUCAGCGGCCUCUACAGACAGAUCCUGCUGGUAUUUGUGAAGUGGUCCUUGCUACAUAGGUGGAAGCUACUGUUACUAUCUCUGUUGAAAUUAAAGCGGCCUUAAUAACUAUUUAGUUCUGAACCAUGUGUGUCAAUGGUGUCUGUGUGCACAACUUUGACUUAAGUCUCUGCAGUAAAGAUGGUUGAUCAAA